AUGAGUGCGUCCGAUGAUCCAAAGCUCAGGCUCGCGGAAGCGGAAAGCCUGAAACGGGUAGCAUUUUUCGGGAUUGCUGUGUCAACGAUCGCAACGCUAACAGCUAUUAUUGUUAUUCCAAUGGUCUAUAACUAUAUGCAGCAUGUACAGUCCAGCUUGCAAGUCGAAAUUGAUUUCUGCAAACAUCGCACUAAUGGAUUAUGGGAACAGUUCGCUCACGUAGAGGAAGUGAGUGGUGUACGAGAUCGACCCAGACGCAGCAUCUACUAUCGAAGAACAGGCUUUUCGUCGGGUCGCAUGCCACACACACAAGCUCGAGCAGCUCAAAUGUAUGACGAAGGACCUUCCGCUGGUUUUGCCGGUGCAAGCACCAAAUACGGAGGUCGACCCAAGUCUGGUGCACCACGUUCGGGGGUUGGUGCUGCCUCGUUCGGUGGUUUCCCUGGCAAUUAUCAUCAAACAGCAGAGGUGCGCGGUGCCCCAGCACAUACUCAACCGGAAGGCCGAACGGGUGCAGCGAACUAUGGCGCUGGUGGUGUCAGCGAAGGGAUGUGUUGCAGCUGCCAAGUUGGACCAGCGGGUCCACCAGGAGCACCAGGAAUUGACGGCAAGAACGGUGUGCUUUCCAUGUUUUUCUAA